AUGGGGGUCCGGGAGAUGCACGAAGAGCAAGUAAUGAAUCAAACGGCCCUUUUCUAUGCGGCCCGUCAAGGGCACGCAGAAACGAUCAAGUUCUUGCUGAGCAAAGGCGCAGACCCCAAUGUGGUGGUUGCCAACAAUGCUGGCAACACGUGCAUGAGUGUGGCGCCUGCUGCGGUCUUCCCUGCCUUGCAGGAGGAGCGCACAAAGCGACGCCUCUACGACGACUCAGGUCCGGGGCCAAAGCGCCAGCGCACGGCAAUGGAAGGGCUGCGUGCAUGGGCCAAUGAGUGGCCAGCCAAGGAGCCUAUCCCCAGAAGCAAACAAGUGAACUACAAAGAGGAGGCUCGAAAAAUGAACGGGCCUGACGUCAAAUGGAAGUACCAAAGAUUUGGGGAAGUACCAAGGCUCAAACCUGGCACAGUGCUGACGGGUACAUCUGAGGCUCCUCCAAUACGAAGCGUGGUUCUCAGAGCUGUCGCCAGAGGUUUUGGACCACCAGAUGACUUGGAACCCUUCCCCAGGACUGUGCUAGACACCGUGCAAUUGAGGUCGAGCGUCACUGCAGAACCGUGUUCGGGGCUCUCUGGCAAAUUCCUUUCUGAAGCUCAGCUGCACUACCCAGCGCGCUGCGCGGGAGGCAGGUUUUGCACCGAAGGCAGUGGGAAGAAGAAACUUGAUGACUCCAUCAAGUACAGACUUUUAGUUCGGGUGCUGUGUGCCCCACCUGUUUGUGUUGGGAAUUCGUUGAACCACACUUGGAUCGUUUUCACUGACGGGGCGUGGAACCCUGACAAGCAGGUUGUCCUGAACCUGCAGUCGACUAGGGCCUGCCAGCCCAGCCUGUGCGAAGACUCAGACGAUUGGGGAAUUGGUAGCCUUCGUGGGGUCUUGGCGGAGACAGAACGGUUCUAUGCUAUGAAUACUGCUCACCCAGAAGUGGCUUUGCUUUUGCAUGGAGAAGAUGAGUGGUUGGCUGAGUUAGUCUCUCGGUCUGAAUGCGUUGGGCAAAGGGCAUGCAGCAGCAACCUGUCAGACGGUGCUUCUUCGGCAACGACUGGGCGGCGUUCUAUCCAUGACCCGGAAGUGGCAUUGCUGCUGCGAGGAGAGGAAAAUUGGUUGGCUGAGUUGGUGUCCCGUUCUGAACCGUCCCUUGUCCAAGUGUCUUCUGCUUCAGACGACAACCAAGACGUAGAGAAAAAAUCUGUCCCUGCUUCAUCGAUUUCUUCACAGAAGUUGGGAGAAAAGUUGAAUCGUGUCUACAAAUGGGGCGCGUGUCCGAGAUGUGGAGGACAGAUGCCCGAUCGGUGUUCAUGGCUCAAAGAGGAGUGGUGUCAGGGCGUCGGGGUGCUUGCAAAUGAGGCUGGGGUUGCCGUCGAGGCGAUCAAGGUGGUGGUGCGUGGAAAGAUGAAGAAUCACUUUACGCUGCCACUGGUUGAGCGCAAGUCGAUGUCGCUGGCGGGCUAUGUCCAUGUAGAAGAAAGGCAUAUGAAUCGAGGGUGUGGAAAUUUGCUGCUAAAAGCAGCUGAAGAGCAUAGCCAUCGUAUCACCGCGCAUCAGGGGCAGCAGCCAAAGACGCUGCUUGUGUCCUGCUUGCAGAGCCGCCCGCUGGAAGCUGUGGAAGCUCCCAGGCAAAGUGCUGGCUUUGAUGCCGUGGCACAUGUGUUGCCUGGUGGCACUCGUACUUGGAUGAGUGAGUGCCCAUUGACAGCCAAAGAAAUCCGUGAAGUCAUUACAAAACUGGAAGCACUGGAGAAGUGGGUCUCAGACAGAGAGCCUUCUAGCUCUGCGAGCCAAGAAAAAGGAAAGAGUUUUAGAAAGGGUGGUGUGGCCGAUCGUGGACGGGCAGCCUCGCAAUCAAUCCCUGUCUCGCCUUUUCCUGCUAUUCCUCCGAUUGCAUUGGGGUGGCGCCUUGUGAAAGAAGCUGGACAGUCCUUUCGCUCAGUUUACGGACCGGUCCCCUAUCGUGGCCUUGAAGACGGCCCUGGCCCUUUACCAGACUGGGCUCGGGAUCAGAGCGACUUUGUGAGCCAAGAUUCCAAAGCUGCUGAGAAGCGCAUCUCUUUGGCCUUCUCUGCUGGGUUUUGGGCCAGGAUUGCGAUCGAGACCAAUACUGAUAAUCUGCAUCCCUUGGUGAUUUCGGAGCCUGCCACACACAUCAUGGUACUCAGGGCUUCUGGUCUUGGAGGGUACGUGAGAUUCAGCAGUUGGGGAGACUUUGAGGCCUUCCGUGAGAAGGUUCCUGAGACUGAGCUGGUUGCCCACGCUUUUGCGACAGAGACGGAAUUGAGUAUCUUUUGCUUCAGCGCCCGCAUUGCUGUGCCAGCGCUGUUCACCAGUGCCGAAGAUGCACUUUUUGGUCCUAGUUCAUCGUUUCAGGCUGCAUUGAUGGAGGAGGCAGAUGACCUUUCUCUGAUUGAAUUAGGUGUUUCAGCUGAAGUCGUAGUGGUAGACGUUACUGACGACAUUUUGGAUCUAUGCCGUGAGUAUGACCCUGUGACGGACUCUACCGCGGCGAUUCAUGGAUUCUCUUUUGAUUUUCCUGCUGGUUUUCCAGACUGCAAUGUGCUUCUUGGACAGGUGAAAGAGUGGAUUGCCUCCCGUCAUGAGGAUCGCGUGGGUUUUUAUUCAGCUCAAGAAGACCUGGUAGACCCUGCCUCUCCGAAACCUGCCACAGGUUCGCCAGCCAAAAAGGCGCCUGCAAAGCAGCGUGUGACCAACUCAAUGAUAGCAGAACAGCUUUCAAGCUUGUCGGCGCAGAUGCUACUCCUCUCUCAAAGGCAAGACAAAUUGGAGAAAUCAAAAGGCAGUUUUGCAGAAGGUGUUGGAGGUCAGGCACAUGGCCAUGCUUUUACGGUUGCCCAGAAGCUGCCUUCGGUUUCAGCAGCUUUGCCGAAUCCGAGUGGGAUCUCCCAGACAAUGGCGGCGAAGGCAAUGGGACUAGUAGGCCCGCCGCCGAAGACUGCGAAGAACGUUUUGCCAGCUCCAGAAAUGGACCUUGCUGCCAUGGACGAGCCACUGGAUAUACUCCAGGCCAGACCAGAAGAAGUGGGAGGAAUUGCCAACGCGCUUGCGCAGCAGAGCACAGCAAUCACUGCGUUGGUCGCGCAUUUGGCGUCCCAGGCACCAGAUGCUCUUGGCGACCUGGCCUCACUAGGCCCUUCGUCGAGUACUACGAAAGGAGUUCAAAGAAGAGAGAAGAUGCAGAACGAGUUGGCAGCAGAUUCCAGUAUGUACUAUCUUCAGAUGAUGCAACAACUCCAUCGAAGACUCCACCCAUCGAAGCCUAUUCCGCAAAAGGAAGAAGAUUUGGGAGAUCUCUCUGUGCUUACUUACCUGGAAAGAAAUGGAGGCUACAGGAAUCAUCGAGAGAUGGGUCUUAUUGCCUGGAUUCUGGGUCAUGCUUUGGAUUCAGCAGCGGCUGGAAACAUGAGGCGCACGAGAGAGAUUCUAGCUCUCAUGAUGGUGGCGGUCGAGCAGGCGGUUGUCGACAGGGGAGAUUGGUCCCUAGCUUAUAUGCUCACCCUCCUGGAGGAACCUCCGAAUCAGCUCUACCAAGAUCGAGCUGUCAAUUUGGCUCACAGCUCGAAACCUUUCGGCCCUUUAGUUCCUCCUCAGUGGACUGCGGUGUGCCUGUCUUAUCUGAAAGACCUGGAGGUGCUGUCAACGAAGAAAGGCGAAACGCAGAGGAAGCCAGCAAAGGCAGCUGCGAGUUCAGUUCUUUCCUCCUCCCAUAUCCUUGAGGAGUUCCUUGCGGAGCAGGAUGAGCCUUGUUUUUUGGGUGAUGGCCUUGACGGCGAACCAGUUCCCGGUCACCCUCACAAUACAAAAAACCUUAAAAAGAAUUUGCGUGGUGCACCGAGGACGAAGUCUCCUUUUGCAAAGCAUGUGAGCACUCAGGCUGUGGACACCUUAGAUUUCAAUAAGUGGUGUGCAUUUUUGGCCGUAUCAAUUUUGAGAACCAGAUCACCUUUUGCUAAGUUCCUUCACUCCACUUUGCAUUUGCAACGAGGUGUUGAUACCUCGGCAUCGCCAGUGUUUCCCUUGCCCAUUCCGUUCCCUGGUGUGUUUGCAAGGAUGCCCUCAGGUCUUUCUGCCAAAAAGCGAUGUAGGAUCCACUUCAGACGUGCUUGUCAUGUGGUGGUGAUGGCGUUGAACUUUUGGUGGGCAGGAAGCAGUUUCUUUUCAUUGGAACUUCUGAGGAGGACCCCUUCGAAGAGCCAGCAGGAUUUACUGCAUCGGUUGUCAGGUCUUUUACUGGCUGAUGGCCCCCCUGAAGCCUUUGAGGUUCUUAAGAGUGGCCGUAGAUUUCCUCAAUUAGUUGCAAGAUUGUGUGACCUCUCAGACAUGCUUGCGAAGCUUGGUGUAGGGUCCGGGCCUUAUGAAAGGACGUUUUCCGGGCAUUCAGUCCCCUUGGAUUCCUCUCGUUUUCAGGAGUUGGAGCCCUAUAAGUCCUUAGAUGCGAGCCGGCUCAAAGUGGUUGGUCAUGGUGAACUGGAUGCUACGCCAUUUCUCUCUCCUGAAUUGUGCAUGGCCUAUAGGUAUCCAGACUCCCUUUUGCUGAAUAUCAUACCUAAGCCCUAUGAGUAUCCAGCAGCGAUGGACGAGCCAGAUGAGGUUGUGGCUCUAGCGCGCCUUUGGGAUGCGCGGGGUUUGCUUCAUAUUCAUGAUUUUGAUAUUCAGAAGGAACGGCGUUUUGAGCUGGUAAGGGUUUUCAACUGUUUGAAAAGUGCGGAAGUCGACCGUCAGAUUGGUGACCGUCGAGGCAGAAAUGCUGUGGAAGCCAGAGUAGUCGGUCCCUCUCGCCAUCUUCCUACUGGGCCUGAUCUGUUGGAUUUUUCCAUUGAGCCUGACAGGGAGCGCAUUUCGGUUGUCUGCACCGAUCGCAGAGAUUUUUACCAUCAGUCUUCAACGACCUCGAACAGGACCAUUUCGAAUACUGUUGGACCAGUUUUGUCUCUGCGCGAUCUUGUUGACACAACAGCGUAUCAGGAUUUUUGUGACAGAGCAAAGCGCAAUCGACGCAGCAGAACUGCGGUUGGGGAUGGGCUUGGCUUUUCAGACCGCCAGCAGUUCUCCAAGGUUGGUGCGGGUUGUUGCAUGGCUGCCUUCAAGAGUAUCUUCCAAGGUGAUCAUGCAGGUGUUGAGAUAGCAACUUCAGCGCAUGAGGGUAUUUUGCAAGAGGCUGGCCUCCUGACUGAAUCGAGUAGGCUCCUUUCGAGCAGACCGUUUUGGGGCGAUCAGCUUUGUGAAGGCUUGGUGAUUGACGACUAUUUUGCUAUUUCAAAAAUGCCAAAAGGAAUCUUGGUUGAUGAUCCUGCACUGUAUUGCUUAAACAGGAGCAAAGAGAAGUACAGGAACUUGAAUGUUAUGGGCUCCGAUGACAAAGAUGUCAAGGGCGCCUGUGAAGCCAAAGUGAUUGGAGCAUAUGUAAAUGGUGCUCCUAGAGCUGCAGAUAGAGGGCAUGUUCUGCUGUCAGCACCUCCCUCUAAGAGGUAUGCACUCUCAUGGCUGACAUUGCAACUGUGCCAAUUGUCCUACACAACUGAUUCACUGCACUUGUGCCUGGUUGGUGGAUGGACUUCGGUGGCUAUGUUCCGUAGGCCUUUCAUGUCCCUUUUGCAGAAAAGCUUCCAGGUGGUCAACAUGGAAAGUUUUGAGAUUAAUAAUCCUAAGCUUGUAGGGCUCCCUAGACCGGUAGUUACUGAGCUUGUGCUAAUGGCAGCCCUGGCGCCUCUCAUGACUUCAGACCUUGCAGCCACUUUUUGUGACCGUAUUUAUGCUACUGACGCCUCCCUUGCGAAAGGCGCAAUUGUGAGUGCUCCUAUUGGCACCGCACUUGCAAAAUGCACUUGGCGAAUUUGCAGGUCCAAAGGUGGAUAUUCUAAGCUUCUUUCCCCUGCUCAGUCUGUGUUGGUUAGAUGCCUGGAUUUUGAGGAGAAUGAGAUGCCAAAGGUAGAGCCGGUGUCUAGACCCUUGGCCUAUCGUUUUGACUUCAUAGAGAUUUAUGCAGGUGCGGCCACUGUCACGAAGCAUGUUGCAGAUAUGGGUUUUUCAGUGGGGUGUCCCAUUGACAUCUCUUUCAGUGAGGAGCUCAACAUGAAGUACAUACAUGUUUUGGAGUGGAUUUUGCACUUGAUCUCGAAUCACUUCUUGAAGGCUUUUAUGAUUGAACCGCCAUGCACUACAUUCUCAGUCAUGCGUGUGCCUCCUUUGAGAUCGAAAGAGCAGCCUUUUGGGUUUUCCCUUGAGGAUGAUCAAACGACCGAUGGGAAUGAGCUGGCGUAUAGAUCCUUUGAAGUCAUGCAUGGAGGUGUUUACCAUGGUGUUACGGGAAUUCUCGAAAACCCUUGGACUUCGAAGAUCAAGUUCUUGCCUGGCUAUGAAGUUCUAGCGGCCAAUGAGCAUUGUGAAGUAGUGCGAUGCGACUCUUGUGCCUAUGGGUCCAUACACCUCAAAUCUUUCCUGUUUCUUUGCGCCUGGGCGGAUGUUGCCCCUAUAUCCAAGAGAUGUGACGGAUCUCACGUUCAUGUUCAGGUUCAGGGGCAGUACACCAAAAAGUCAGCUACGUAUGUGGAUGACCUUGCAGCGGCCUUAGCGGAAGUCUGUGCAAUUGGUAUUAGGCGCCUUAUGGAUUUUGAGAGUGAAGCCUGUGUUCAAAAUGCUGACGGUUUGGAAAGUCAGCUUAUCAAUGAACUGAGCUCUUCUCUGCCUUGGGAGCUUGAUUCGGUUUGGACCUUCAGAGUGACUUCCCAUAUCAACUUGUUGGAGCUGUCUUCUGUUGUACGCUUGGCUUCAAGACUCGUCAAAACAGGUCGUCCCAUCCGCAUUGUUGUCCUGGUGGAUUCGAAUGUUGUUAAAUGCGCUGCUGCAAAGGGAAGGUCUUCUUCUAGACUUCUUUGUCGCAUUUUAUGUAGGUUUGCGGCAAUAUGUGUCGUGGCAGGCAUUUAUAUGGUCUUUGGCUAUGUUCCCACUAGGCUCAACCCUGCCGAUGAUCCUACACGGGAUGUGCCAGUUCGGGUUCCUACUCCGGGCCUUGGAAUUUCCAGCUGGGAGUCGCUUGACAUUUUCCGUCUGUCGUCUCUCCCUAAGUGUCGUCGUUGGUUGUCAAAUUGGAUGCGCCUGGUGCUCCUCAUUUCUGGUCCUCCAUGUCUGCAGUAUUCAUGUCGUUCUGAAUUUCGCUGCCCUCGCUUUCCCUAUGGACUUUCUGAUGGUGGCUCUUCCAUGUCUCUUUCUUCUGUCAGGGCCAGAACUUGCCAUCAUUCCUCUAUGGAUUUUGACUCUACCUUGGGCUUUCCUGGUGAGGGUCCUCCUGUGGGUCUCGGUUGCCUUAAUUUGUACCCCCUAAUAAUUUUGGUUUGGAUUUGGGCCGCGCUCGCGCCCGUGUGCCAUGGCGUACUGGCUCCCAGAAACCCUGGAGAUCUGCACAGACAAGCUGUUCGACUGGGCAGACCGCCCUUAGUUGAAGGUCGCCCUGUCUUGGGUGUCACAAAUCAAGCUCGACAAGGAUAUCUGAGUCAGUUCGAGCAGUGGUUGCAGAAUUUAGGUAUCUCACUGGAGGAUUUGCUGGAGAAUCAUAUUUGGAAGAUUGAUGAUUUAAACAAGUUGCUGGUCAGGUACGGUCGAAACCUUUAUGCAGUUGGCCGCCCUUACAACCAUUAUGCGGAAACUAUAAACGCAUUGUCAUCUAAAAAACCUGCUGUCAAGCGACAAAUGCAAGAGGCCUGGAACUUAGCAUUUGCUUGGGUCCGCGAUGAACCUCCUGUACAUCAUGUUGCGAUGCCUUGGCAGAUUUUAUUAGCAGCUCUGACAGUGUGUUUUUCCUGGGGUUGGCUGGAUAUGGCAGGAAUGUUAGCACUUAUGUGGGGUGCUUUGCUACGAGUUGGCGAAUUUACUCAGGCAAUGCGGUCAGACUUGCUUUUGCCGGUUGAUACUGGGUUCACAAAUCAGUUUGCCUUAUUGUCACUGCAGGAACCGAAAACUCGUUUUACAACUGCUAGACACCAGACGGCGAAGUUAGACAUUCCCGAUUUACUGCAGGUAGUUCACUUAGCCUUUUCACGGCUAAAGCCAACGCAGAAACUUUGGCCGCGUUCUGGACAGACUCUGAGGAAUAGAUUCAAAGCAAUCCUUCAAGAGUUGGGUAUUACGCCACAGGUCCGCCUCAAUGGCAAGGGAAUGGAUUUAGCUUCAUUGAGACCCGGAGGGACCAGUGACAUUCUGGUUCGAGCUUUGGAAUGUGUAUACAUGCUACGCAAAGCCCGUGGAAGUGAAAAGAAGGGCGAUCUUGAGUCCUUGCAUUUCAAGUACGAUGGGGAGCCCGCUUGCUUGUCGCGUUCCGAUGCCUGGCAGCCCAUUCUCGGUGUGUGGCUAUGGCUUGCAGCUGGCGAUGACCUCAGUGCCACAGAGGCACUGAAUUUUUUGAAAUUGGUGCGGAUGAGGUUGAUGAAGCCAGUGUUGGAGCAGGUUGGAACGCUUGCAGACAGGGUCACGGGAAACAAGCUCAGCUACAAACCGCAGGAUCAGACCACGGUAUUUUUUGCCGCUGCCCGAAAACCUGGAGCUGACCGGGAGGCCAAGUGUUUGUGUGAGAUCUUGGUGCAGAAGGGCAUUCGUGUCAAUCACACUGACGUAGUGAAUCAAACGGCCCUUUUCUAUGCGGCCCGUCAAGGGCACGCAGAAACGAUCAAGUUCUUGCUGAGCAAAGGCGCAGACCCCAAUGUGGUGGACACCAAUGGGGAAACGGCGUUGUUUUACGCCGUCAGAAAAUUGAGGACAGCUGCGGCCAAGGCCUUGUUGGACGGCGGGGCGAGUUUGGAAGUUGCCAACAAUGCUGGCAACACGUGCAUGAGUGUGGCGCCUGCUGCGGUCUUCCCUGCCUUGCAGGAGGAGCGCACAAAGCGACGCCUCCACGACGACUCAGGUCCGGGGCCAAAGCGCCGGCGCACGGCAAUGGAAGGGCUGCGUGCAUGGGCCAAUGAGUGGCCAGCCAAGGAGCCUAUCCCCAGAAGCAAACAAGUGAACUACAAAGAGAAGGACAUUAUCGACAAAAAUGACAGCUACGCUGUUCUCCGAACCUGCCCGGCAGAAUGCGCAGCACAGCUGCGCAUUUGCGAAAUUUUUUUUGUGGCAGAUCAUGCCCAGCUCCUCCAAUACGAAGCGUGGUUCUCAGAGCUGUCGCCAGAGGAGUGGUGUAAGAAAGUCGGGGUGAUUGCAGAUGAGGCUGGGGUUGCCAUCGAGGCGAUCAAGGCGGUGGUGGCUGGGGACACGGAGCAUCACUUCACGCUGCCCUUGGUUGAGCUCAAGUCGAUGUCGCUGGCGGGCUAUGUCCAUGCUUCUUGGACGCAACCCGUGCUGAUUGAGGCACAUUUUCGCGGCUUCACGAUCUUGUCUGACCAAGUAGUUCCAGGGAGGUGA